AAUCAUGAAUCGUGCCGUGCUCUACGUUCUAAUUGUCUUGGUUGCACCAGGUAUAUUUUACUUCAUCAUACCUUAAUAAUGUUACUUAAAAUUCAUAAACUUGAAGCGGCGUUGAUAAGUGAUGAUGUUGGUCGCAUCUCUAAUGGAUUUGAUGGUAGUCCCGCUGUAAUUGUCCCCGCCGAAAAAUAUCCCUUCAUAGUUUCGGUGACGCUUAAUGAUGUCCACAUUUGUGGAGGCUUCAUCUACAAUUCUCGAUUUAUCGUUACAGCAGCUUCUUGUGUCUUCAAUAAAACAACAGCUCAAAUUCAGAUAACGGUGGGUCAAUUGUCCCUGAUCCUUCCAGAUCCUGGAGAGAUGCGCCUUCAAGUUAGGGCGAUUUAUGUUCACGAAAAUUUCGACAAUAUCACUAAAGUCAACGACAUAGCUAUGCUUGAGACAUCCCAGACGAUAGAAUUCAAUGCAAAUGUCAAUUUUACGUAUUACGACACUGUUGGUGGUCCUCUUGCCAUUGUUAGUGGAUGGGGUGCAGUUGACGAAUCAAAAGUGGUGUCCUCCAAACUAAGAGAAGCUAUAGUAUAUGCGCCUAUCAACUGUGAUUUGUUUCCUGCUGACGUCUACGAUCCAAACAUCAUGUUCUGCUGGGGGAGGAGUGAGUAUGACAAUGGUAUACGUCCUUGUCAGUAUGACGAAGGUUCACCACUGUUUAAGCCCACAACAAUCCUCGUUAUGGGAAUCGUCUCUAAAAAUUUGGGGUGUGGUGAUAGCGAAAUCUACGAAACCAUCUACACUCGGCUAGUGGUUUACUACUAUUGGAUGCUCAAGACAGGCGGUCCUCAACCUUAAAAUCGAAUAAAAUUCGUCUACAAAUGAAAUUAAUUGAAAAUCAUGAUGUAACCAUUUAAUCGCAUUUAACCA